CCUUUUAGCAAAUUUCAAUCGAGUUCGAUAGCGAAAACCCACUUAAUCUCAUCAAGUUGGAAGCUUAUAAGAAAACGUUUUUGUUGUCAUCUUUCAAAUCAAAUGAGAGAAGUAUCAAAACACUGAAGGCCAGCUAGCUAGCCUCUGUCUGGCUGAAGUGCGAGGUCGGAGGAGGAUUUGGCAAGCGUGGUGUGAUCGUCAAUUUCAGUAUAUCAAUGCCCAUACAACAUGGCUCCAUGGAAUAAAAAUAACUGUAUAAAAAAAGGUUGUCAGAGGAAGACAAAAAAUAAGAAGCAGAAAUAUUGUGACCAGUGUUUUCAAGAGUUAAAGACACAAGGAGCUCGUAAAGAUGAAAACAAAGAAGAGGUUAAAUGCCUAGGAUGCAAUAAGCAAAUCCCAAUAGUAUCUAAGUUCUGCAACCACUGUGGACAACGUGUUGGUAGUCAGCACAAUGAUCCAGCAUUUUCAGAAGGACCAGUGUCACAGAUUAAAAAGCCUCCUGAAGCAGAUGUUGCUGCUUUAAACAAAGAAAAAUUAUCAUCACAGCCCCAAGGGGGACACAAUUCAUCUUCAGCUACACAACCCGGACAAGGAACUUCUGGUGACCAACAAACAGUACUUCGUAACUCAAUGAUAAAUGUAAAUGUAGGAGCAAAUGGAAGAAGUAUUUCAUCGUCAAUUAGUGAAGAGUCUAAAAAGAACAAUGUUGCAGGGCAAUCAGUUUCCGAGAAAAAUAGAGAAGUGGACAAAGACGAUGACACUAUACAAUAUGACAGUCCUGAGUACAUGGACAAAUAUGGCAAGGAAAAGGAAGUACAAGUAUGUACAGAAGCAACGAUCAUACUCAAAAGAGAAUUGGAUAUUAUCAAUACUUUGCAUCUAAAAAGUGGAUAUGAAGGAGGUGGAGACUCUGGUGCAUCACUGACAAUGGUCCAUCAGAAAGAGUCACUUAACCGUACCAAACAGCCAUACACUGGCAAUGGUGGAAGUGGAGAUUCUGCAAAAUCUGGCAGUGAUGCGCAACGAAGUGAGUUUAGAGAAAAUUCUGCAACAUCUAGACACACAUCUUCUGAAAACAUACCUACACCACCAACAGAGACAAAAGCAAAACCUGUUUUUGGCAAUACUAAUAUGCCCAUGUCUGGACCUGGUGUUGGAUAUCAACUCAGAUCAAGAGGAACUGUUACAGAUGAUCAUCCCCUUGCAAAUACAAACAGUGAUGAACAUUCUCCAGAAGUGCAGGAUCCUGAAGGUUCAUCAGUAGAUAUACUGAACUCCAGUGGUGAAUUUCUUCUUACACUCUGCACAGAACACCAACUUGCCAUCACUAAUACAUUCUUUAACCACAAACCAGCACAUAAAAACUCAUGGAUGCACCCGAGAAGCAAACACUGGCGCCUUAUUGAUUACAUCAUCAUCCGUCAGCGUGAUCUGGUUGACAUCUUAGACACUAGAGCAAUGAGAGGAGCCAACUGCAGCACUGACCACAUCAUGAUCAGACCAAUCACUAAAUUUAAAGUAAGGAGAAAGAUGAUGAGAGGCAAAAAAUCAAACUACAAACUUAAUAUCAGCAGAAUUAAAGACAGACAAGUGCAAGAAAAUCUAGAGAAGACGCUCACUGAAAGGCUUGAUACCAUACCACCAGGUGAUGCGGAGAACAAAUGGCAGGCAUUCAAAGAGGUGGUGUGCAAUGCAUCUGAAGAACACCUUGGCAUUGCAACCAAAAAACAGGAGGACUGGUUUGAUGAGAACAGUGCGGAACUUGUCCAAGUGCUGGAUGACAGGAAUCAAGCCAGAACCAACAUGCUCAACAGGAACACCUGA